AUGCCUCGUUACGAUGAUUACCGUUCAUCAACAGGGACCCUGGACUCCCACGAUAGAUACGAUCGUUACUCACGGGGUCCCCCAGUCGCCGAACGACCCCGCGUUGUCGAAGAUCGCUUUGAAACACGUCUGCGCGAGGACCAGCAAUACCAACAAUAUGGACCCCCUGCGCGCGCCCCGGGGAGGCUCUACGAAGAUGACCAUCUAGAAGUGGCGCAUGACCAUCCGCGUCGUGACGUCCGUCCGCGCCCUGACGAUAGCCCCUCCUUUCGCCGUCCUCAGCUUAUUAGGCGGCAGUCGUCUUUAGAUACCUUCGAUCGCACACCCCGGCACCAAAUGGAAAUGCGUACUCUCCGCUCGCCACGUGUGUCUGCACCGCCUCGUCACCUCCCUUCCCCUGGUCGUUUUCGUGAGCGCGAGGUCUAUGAGGAUAUUAGAAUCGCUGAGCCCGACUAUUAUGGUGAUGAGGAGUUUAGGGAAAUUCGAGACCGGGAUAUGGCUGAUCACCGCCGUCGCUCCAGCAGCAGUGUUCGCAGGCAUGUUGAGAAGCCUUAUCCGCGCAAGGGAAAGACUCGUAUCCCUCGUCACCUGGCCAAUAGAGACGCUAUUCUACAGCUAGGUUAUCCGCUCAAGGAAGAAGUUGAUGUGACUCUCAUUCUAAAGGCACUGUCGAAGGAACAGAUCGACGAAGUGAUCGCCUUGAGCCGCGAAUACAACCGGGAAUCCCACAGGCGCUCUCGUGGUCGCGAUAGGCGCUCUUAUGAUAGGCGCUCUUAUGAUAGUCGCUCUGAGGAUGAAGAGUUUGAAUACAUUAGAAUGUCCGCGUCUCCUCCCCCUCACGCUCACAUGAGAGAACGGUCGCGCGAGAGGGUCGAGUACCUGCAGGUCGAGGCACCUACCCCGCCCUCGAACGGGGCACGCAUCCUCGAAGUGUCGCCUUCCCGUCACCGCUCAGUAUCACAAGUUAGGGAGAUCGCACCCCGGCGGGCAGUAUCAGCUCAUGACCAUAGACGCCUGCACUUUGAAGAGCGAGAGUCUGUUCCGGCUAACUCUUUGGUUCUUGUCCGUCCGCGGGAUGAUGACGAUUAUCAACUCGAAACGGAUAUGAGACGUCUUCGCGUGAACCGCGGCGGAAUCGAGAUUACCCGUCGCCAUGAUACAGAUUUCAUUGAUGAUCGAGGCAACGGGGAGGAGAUUACUGAUGUUCGGAGGGAGCAGCGCAGAGAACCGAACUCUCGCAUUAUGCGCGCGAUGAUGGCUACGCUGACCUGA